UAGUGGGGGCUUGGAGGAAAGUUGGCCGUGUUAUACAAGUUUACAUCAAUUGAUAUUAAAAAUAAAACAAUAUUUCGCUAAACAAGAAAAUCAUAAUCCUUAAUAUAUAAAUUAAAAUAAUAACAGAGAAAUGAUUCAUAAAGUUAUCGAAAAUAAAUUGUCAGUGUUUGAGAAAAGUUAAAAAAAAAUAUGUUUUCGCCAAGGAAAUUAGAUCCAGAACUGGAAAAAUUACGCGAUGAAGUUAUUGGACCACCAAAUUUAGAUACAGUUUUAUUGCAUUUACAAAAAGUAUCAUCGCAAAUUCACGCCUCGUAUAUUUUCGAAAAGGAAGGAAAACCUAUUUUACAGAAACUCUGUUUAUUAUUAAGUUCAACAGCAUCGGGGAAAAUUUAUGCCGAUUGGCAAGAUUUUGCAGCACAUUUAGGUCUAUUGCAAGAACAAAUACGAUGUAUAGAUCACGAUUUCAAGGGACUGGAGGAUCCAACGUAUUAUGUUUUAUUGGCAUAUGUACAAUCUCCAGAAGCUACAAUCGAUAAAAUUUUGACAGCUUUGGUAAAAUUAGAACGAUUUGAUAUUAUCAAUCGAAUGAAGGAAUCAGUCACUGAUUUUAUUGGAAAAUUGAUUACUGAUAAAACUACAGAUCACAAUUUAGAAAUUAUACGACCAAAAGUGAUACCAAGAGCACCUUUAGUUUUAAGUCCAAUGUUAAAAAUUACCUUGAGUCCAAAUGAAAUUGGAAAUAAAUCUUCAAGUACUGUACAUAGAACACAGGAUUUUAAGAGAACAAGAAACAUUAAAACAAGUUACGGAAGCAUUGUGAUGUUAACUUUCGCCAAAAAUGGAGAACAAACAGCGAUUGAUAUUACAAAACAGUUUAGAUCAAUGGAACCAAAAAUUGGAGUCAUACUUCUUAAGGAGCAAGAGAAAUAUGUUUAUAGUAGGGGAGUAGAAUUCGUUGACGACUGCUUCAAACAGGUAAAUUAUAUUAUUCCAAUUUUAACGAAAGAUUACGUUCAGCAAAUAAGCAGUCCGACUAAUUUAUAUAAUGAAGAAAAUAGUACUCUGGAUACGAAAUAUUUAAAAUAUGUGUAUUCGUUGUUGAGAUACGAAUAUAUAAAUCAAGAUUGCUGCAAUAGUAGAGUCAGAUGCAUUCUUCCAGAGAGUGAAACGCAAAAUAUAAACAAAUUUCAUUUACAUCCUACUUUACAAGCAUGGUUCAAGGAAAGUGAUUUAAAAACUUUUGCUGAACGAAUUCUUCUAAAAAAAUUUUAAACAAAACAAUAUCGAAUGUACUUGUCGUUUUUCGUUUUAAACUUUUGUAAAUUAUAAUUGAAUUUUAUAAGAAAUUAAGUUUUUUAUUAUUAAUAAUUAAUAAUUAGUGUGAAA